UGACGGCCCAUGUUGUAUUUAAAUUUCGGGCUCGGGCGAUGGAGGACGUCGACGACGAGGCCAUCAGCAUCGAGCUCCUCCGCGAGGACAACCUCAUGCUCGAGGAGCGCAUCGAGGCCAUGAGCAAGAAGUGCAGUGCCAUGCAGCAGGCCAAGCUGGAGGCUGAGGCGCGCGCUGCAGCGCUCGAUGCGGACCUCGCCGCCCUCCGCAAGGUUGCUGCUGGCCAAGAACAAGUCGACCCCAACAGCGCUGCCGACUGGCACGACGAGCGUGCCAAACUUCUCGAAGAGGUUCAAACGCUACUCAAGGUGAAGGAGCUCAACGAGAAGCGCGUCGGCGAUCUCUCCAAGGACCUGCAACGCCUCUACAAGCGGCUCAAGACGGCCGAGCCAACGACCGGCGACUCGGAAUACGUCGAGCCGUUGUUGCAGGACCAAGAGACGUGGCAGAAGCAGCAGCAGCUCGUGCAGGACCUCCUGCGCCAGUGCAAAGAGAAGGUGUACGCCGAGAAGCACGCGCACAAGCGGCGACGCGUGGACCCCGACACCUCGGAGCACGACAAAAGCCUCCAGGAGGUCAUUGCGCACUUCAGAACCGAGGCGAGCGAGCGCAACGAGUUUGAGAAGCUCGAGGCGCAACUGCUGCAGGAGCGGCUGAGCGAACUGGAGGCGCAGGGUGGUGAGCCGAGGUCGGAGCCCGUGUCGACGGUCGACGUAUCCGACCUGGAGACCCAAAUCGCUUCGCUCAACGAAGAGAACAAGAAGGGCAGGCUCUUUGUCUCGGCGCUCCAAGACGACCUGAAGCGGCUCGCGCACGAAAAGCUGCAGCUCGCCAAAGACAUGCAGGAGGCGCAGCGGCGCAUCCAGGCGCUCACGAUGGACAACCUCCAGUUCAAGCUCGAGAAGAACGAACUCAAGCACCAAGUCCAGAGCGAAGUGACGAAAAACGCAGCACUGCAAGACCAAGUCGACGACGUCACGCGGCAACUUGCAGAGGCCACCGCGGAGGCAAGCCAGCUCCAAGACCACCUCGUGGCGGCGCAAACGCAGCUACUCGCUGCGGAGGCCGAGGUCGCAGACUUGCACAAACGACUCCAGGAAGCCACUGCAUCCACGAGCACAGCUGCCGCGGCGCGCUACGACCUCGAGACGACGCUCGAAGCGGCAGAGAAAGCGCGCGACGAGCUCGCCGAGGCCAAGGGCUUUUGGGAAGACAAAGCUGCCAAGCUGGAGCGGGUCGUACUCCAGUAUGGAUCUGAGAUCCAGUCGCUCAAGUUGUCGCUGGCCGACGCCGAGGCCGCGGGGCCACCCGAGCACACCCCGGCGUCCGUCGCGCACGGCCAGUCCAUGGUGCAGCAGUUCUAUUUGCGCUACUACAAGGCGGCUGAGACGUCGCACCGGUCGCUCCUCGACGCCACGCGGGCCAAAGAUGCAGCGCUCGCAGCACAAGGUGCCGACCUCACGCACAUUCGCCACGUACUCUCGUCCAUCGUGCACGCUUCGUUGCCAGACGACGUGUCGAGCACGCUCCAAGGGCUGCUUGCGGGCCUCGAGAGGCCAGAGUUACAUACAGAGUCAAUGUAGAACCGCAUUAUUAGUGUCG